UGAAGAAAUGAAUGACGAUAAAUCCGACAAUAUUAGAAGCUAAAGCUUGUUUUACAUCGAUAGUUUUUAUCGAAUUCUUCAUUAAUAGAAUCGCGGCGUAGAAAUCCGAGAUGCUGUCAAAAUCUAAAGGGUGGUUUGGUCCUGUUAAACCAAAAAGUGUUCAUUCUUUGGAAAAUUUACGGCUGCUCCAUGGAGUACUGAUGCGGAAUGCCACGGUAACGGAGCAAAACAGAAGCCUCCUGGUGGAGACAUUGAGAUCCAUGUCAGAGAUCCUCAUCUGGGGAGAUCAGAAUGACAGCUCCGUCUUUGAUUUCUUCUUGGAGAAAAACAUGUUGUUGUUUUUCUUGAAGAUUUUACGACAGAAGACAGGAAGCUACAUCUGUGUUCAGCUUCUCCAGACUCUUAACAUCCUGUUUGAGAAUAUACGAAAUGAAACGUCCUUAUAUUAUCUUCUGUCCAAUAACCAUGUCAACUCAAUCAUCGUCCACAAGUUUGACUUCUCUGAUGAGGAAGUGCUAGCAUACUACAUCUCCUUCUUGAAGACUCUAUCCUUCAAGCUCAACAAACAUACCAUCCACUUCUUCUACAAUGAGCACACCAAUGAUUUUGCUCUGUACACUGAGGCCAUCAAGUUCUUCAACCAUCCAGAGAGUAUGGUUAGAAUCGCUGUACGCACCUUGACACUCAAUGUAUACAAAGUCAAUGACAAGGCGAUGCAGAUGUAUAUACGUAACAAGACGGCCGUCCCUUACUUCUCAAACUUGGUAUGGUUCAUCGGAAACCAUGUUCUUGAACUGGAAAGCUGCGUCAGAAAUGACAUCGAUCACCAAAGCAAGAAUCGUCUAUCCACCCUGGUCGCAGAACACCUUGACCAUCUUCACUAUCUCAAUGACAUCCUAAACAUCGGUAUCGACGGCCUCAACGACGUCCUCACCAACCAUCUCCUCAACAGACUUCUUGUGCCUCUCUACGUCUCCUCAAUGACAAAGACAAGGUCACAUGUCAAAGCUUCAAGUCCUCCAGCCAUUAGUUCUGUGGUAGCCCUAUUUCUACUCUCUCAGGUAUUCCUUAUAAUGAAGCAGCAGCCUCUAGUUUGUCAGCUAGUCAAUAUAAUCUUCAAUGGUACCUACAAGACGAUAGCAGAACAACCUACUGAUACCAGUGGUAUAUCAGGGACAUUCUGUGCAUUCGUGGAGCCAUCAGAGAGCCUGGAGCACUCCCUAGACAGCACCCGGGAGAAAUCCAGGAGAGAGAUGAAGGAGAGGAGGCGGAGACCCAACUAUCGCAACGUCGACUCCCCAACCGAAGACAUCGAUGAUGACGGGGGCACGGAGGUGGACCAAGGGCGGAUGGAGCGUCCUGUUACAGUACCAACCGCUGAGGAUGAUGAUGAGGAUGACGAUGAUGAUGAUGAGGGAAUGAUGAGAGGAGCUGUGGGUGGAGUAGGAGGUAGGAGAUGGAGGAGGAGAGAUGAGCAGGAGGAUGAAGGGGAGGAGGAGGAUAUGCCAGAAGCAGAGCGAGGAGGGAGGGCAUCCCCCUCACCAGACACCUCAAGCACCGGUGGAACAAGUGAGUCUGAUUCUACUAGUAACGCCAGCAGUGCAAUCCUAACAUCACCCCUAUCAGCCACCAGUCCUCUCAUAGAAUCUAAUAGCACAGAUGAAGAGAAGACUAUGGCUGCUACUCUACAAAGAGCAGAGCUCAAUCUUGCCACAAGACCAUAUUUUGGAUGUAUCUUGAAUUCUUUGGAUUGUAAUUCAGGUGAUUACAGAGCACUCUUUGCCUUGUGUCUUCUGUAUGCUAUUGGUUCUAAUGAAGGAAUCCAGGAUAAAUUGUUAGAUGGUGUGUUACUUACAAACAGGGUCGAGAAUAAAGCUUUGUACAACUCGGUGCUGGUAGAGCGAUUGAUUGCGUUGAUGAAUCAGAGCUGUCAACUGAACAGCUGUAUCCGUCCAGUAACUCUAGAGAUGGCCUGCCUUCUUCUUAAACAACUAGUCUUCAGUAACAUCAAAGCAAAGUGCUUCCUAGAGGACAGACACUUAGCCUGUGUAGAGGGUGCUAAGGAGGAGAGUGUUCUACUCCUAAGGACCUUCUACAAGGGAGAUGAACUCUUCUUAGAUAUGUUUGAUGAUGAAUAUCAAAGUAUGAAGAAACGUCCACUUAAUGUUGAGUAUCUGAUGAUGGAUGAAUCCAUUCUGCUGCCCCCUACUGGUACACCUUUGACAGGGAUAGACUUUACCAAGAGGCUGCCCUCUGGAGAGCUAGAGAGGACAAGGAGAGCAAUUCGAGCUUUCUUCCUGCUACGUGACCUCUCGCUGACCUUGCGUAACCUGGUAGAGACUAAGCUCCCUCUGAUCAAGCCUGAUCUACUGGUCAAGACUUCGGACAAGCUAGACCUCAAUAAUAGUGACCUGAUUGCCUGUUCUGUAAUAACCAAAGAUAAAAGUCCCCAGCGGGUCCGACGGUUCUUGGUGAUAGCCAUCCAUCAGCUUAUUCUGGUGGAGCCGGACAGCAAGAAACUAGGAUGGGGUGUGGCAAAGUUUGUUGGUCCUUUACAGGAUCUUGAGGUGACAGGUGAUAAAGAUGACAGUCGAUCCCUGCAUGUGACCGUCCACAAACGAUCCACCGCCUCCCCACAUGCCAGACCGGUGCCCCUUCUUGCUGCCCGUUUCCAGUUUGAUGAUCACAUCCGAUGCAUGGCAGCCAAGCAGAGAUUGACAAAAGGUCGUCAGAAGGCUCGUCAGGCUCAGAUGGCAUGUCUUGCCGAGCUUCUUGAGAUACCAGUCAGCCACCACACCGGCCUGUAUGGAUCCUCCUCGGCCAUCUCACAUCACCCCGGUAUGGCUAUUGCUGUGUCCAGCUCCAAGGGAGGAUCUAGUAGCCCAAGCACCGCAAGACACUUAUUAGGACAGGUGUAUGAAACAUAUAGACAACUUGGUAAAAAGUAAGUAGAAGGUGCAUUGGUGCUACAUUGUUAUCCAACCCACCUCACCACUUUCUUUGGGUGUGUUUAUGCUUCCAUUGCAGGGACAGAAUCAGCGUUUUCAAACGUCGAUUCAAA